AGCCAUUUUGGCUCAAGCCUGGCUCGGGCGAACAUUGGUUGGGAGGCUGUUCGCUGCCGGUUGCCUCACGAGUAAAUCCCGAUGGUCGCUGCUGGCUGCCUCACGAGUGAACCGCUGCGCCUCCCCCUGGUGGUCAUGCACGCGUGGUGGGCAGGCCUGUGCGGCGCCACGCUGGCAGCUCAUGCGUCGCUGCCACCAGAGGUUGUACGGGAUUUUAGCGAGCGCGUGCGGAGUUGGGAAAAGAAUUCAAAGGCGGAGUGGCACGCGGAAAUAAAGGCCAAUUUCGAGAGGAGCAGUGACGACACCCUCGUGGCUGGCGUGAAGGAGCUUCCAGCGCGGCUUGGCGGCUGGAGAGCUUCAGGGGCCUCCAUCGCCAUCUUCAAUGGCGGCCAUGACUCGGCCAUUGCAGUGGGCAUUGAUUCACGCAUCCAGUGUGUCCUGGAGCUGGAGAGGUGGUUCAACGUCCGCUACUUCGAGUCGUGGCACCCGGAGAGCUUUGACGACACCUGGUUGAGUGCCCUCGAGGUAGUACGCGACCGAUGUGUUUGCGAGGAUGGGCCGUGUCCAAAGGAGUUUGACCAAGGCGUGUUGAUGACCUUCCCCCCUUUCGAAGGGCGCGAGGAGCAGUGGGACAACAUCGUUCCGAUCGUGGAGAAGGUGUUCACUGUCAAGGCCUGGCAUCAUGCAGCGCACCACCUGUCACAUGCUCUCCUGGCGUACCAUUCCUCGCCGUUCCAUUCCGCGGUGAUCGUGUCGUACGACGGAGGCGGAGACGACGGACUCUUCAACAUAUCCACGCGGUGGCGGAUACGUCGGUAUUGGGAACGAGGUCCACCGUGUCGCGAGACUGGGCUACAACCUGGGCGACACCUACGCCUUCCUCGGGGGCCUGCUGCCCGAGGUGACUGGAGAGCGCGAGGCGAUGGAGGGCUACUUCUGCCCGAGGUUCCUCCCCCCGCUCGAAAGCGGCGAGAGUCCGCUCGACGGAUGGAGCCGGUUCCCGUUUCGUAUCGGCUGAAGGCGCGGCUCUCGUUCUCGGGCAAGCUGAUGGGGUACGCCGCGACGGGGAGCAUGAACUCCACGCUCGCGGGUGCUCUAAUGGAGUUCUUCCAGUACCACGCCCCCCACGACCCAAAGGGGGAGGUCUUCCCAGAGCAGCUCUACGACGCAGUCCCCAACGUCGUCCUGCAAGCGGCCUGUGGCCCGGUGCAGGCCCAGCGCGACCUGGCCGCCAGCAUCCAGCACGUGUUCGACGUCUUCACCAUGGGCAUCGUCCAGCCCGCUGUCGCCCUCGUCACCGAGGCGGUCCAUGUCGAGGGCAUCGUCAUGACUGGCGGCUGCGCGCUGAACGUGAUCACGAACCAGCUGAUACAGGACCGGCUCACCGCGGCGGGAGGCCAGUUGUCCCCCUCGGAGGCCCAGCGCGCCCCGCUGGAGGUGUUCUCCCCCCCGGCGGCGAACGACGGCGGGCUGGCCGUGGGCGCGCUGUGGACCCUGGCGCCGCCGCUGACGCGGCAGCCGCUGCAGUAUCCCGGGGUGGGCGGCAAGGUUGCCGAGGCAGCGGCGAGGCUCUUGCAGCGGAGGGAAGCUCGAGCCUGCCCUGCCGGGCGCCACCCGGCAUUCUGGCCCGCGCCCACGCCGUGCACGGGCACGGUGGCGGCCCUGGGCUUCCCGCUGUGGGACGAGGCCUCGCUCGAGGGCGCGGCCGAGGCCCGCGGCGCCCGGAGCCUCGCCGCCUUGGGCGGUGUGGGCUACCUCGCGGAGCUCCUCGCGGGGGGCCCCGCGUGGCAGGGGCACCCGGGCCGCAGCAGGGCGGACAGGCCGAUCGUCGCCGUGGUCCGCGGCAGGCAGGAGUUCGGUCCGCGUGCGUUGGGCCACCGCUCGCUGGUCGCAGUGCCAGAUUCUGUGGAGAUGCGCGACCGCAUGAACGUGCUCAAGGACCGGGAGUGGUACCGUCCUGUGGCGCCCAUGGUCGCUGAUGAGGCGAUGGGACAGUUCCUCAAUCGCACGGUGAAGUCGCCCUACAUGACCAUGGCGCCGAGGGUCGCCGACGGCAUCAAGGAGAGGUUUCCGGCGGUGGUGCACUUGGACGGGACUGCAAGGCACCAGUCCGUGGGCCCGAAUGACGAGCCUUUCAUUUGUGGAUUCAUGCGUUAUUGUUAG